UUCCGCCCGAAUAUCUAUCUUAUUAUUAGUACCAUAUAUAAUACUUUGUCGCGUGUUGCAUGAAGUUGUUACAUUACGCCCCUAAAAAAAGUUGUUACAUUACGUCGUCCUAUAAGUAGCUGCGCGAUAGCUGCGGCUACACAUCUCAUAGUUGAAGAUGAAGCUUGUCGUUGUGCUCUCGGCCCUGCUCCUGCUUUCUCUCGUCGCCGUCUCAUCCGCCGAGGAAUUCGAUUUCUUCUACCUUGUUCAGCAAUGGCCAGGGUCCUUCUGUGACACGAAGAAGGGGUGCUGCUUCCCGGACACCGGCAAGCCGGCGACGGACUUCGGCAUCCACGGGCUAUGGCCCAACUACGCCAAGUGCAAGACCCGCGGCGAGCUCGACGGCGCCCUGGAGAUGGUGACCAAGCGCAAGAAGAAGUGCUGGCCGGAGAACUGCAACAGCGAGCGCCUCAAGCUCUGGGAGAUCAAGGACCUGGUGACGGAGCUGGACGCCAACUGGCCGACGCUAGCGUGCAAGGGCGGCAAGAGCAUCGAGUUCUGGACCCACGAGUGGGAGAAGCACGGCACCUGCUCCAACCUGGACCAGCACGGCUACUUCGCGACGGCGCUCGGCUUCAAGGCCCGCCACAACCUCACCGGCAUCCUCGCCGACGCCGGGAUCGUGCCGUCGGACAGUGAGACCUACUUCCUCAGCAGCAUCAGGGACGCCAUCAAGCAGGGGACCGGGUUCACGGCGAACCUGGAGUGCAACCGCGGCGUCGCCGGCGAGACGCAGCUGUUCCAGGUGUACCAGUGCAUCGACCGCGCCGGGGAGAACCUCAUCGACUGCCCGCUGCCGAUGCAGGGCAACUGCAAAGACAGGGUCCAGCUGCCGGCCUUCUGAUUAAAAUUUUGAAUUCUGAUUGAACACCCGUUGCCGACUUGCCGCCGUCCGUCGGGGUGUGGUGCGGCGGCCGAUUGGCUCGACGCGUCCCGGCCGGCCGCCUGCACGGCGCGCGCGUGGAUUACGUGAUGGAUGUACCUUUGUGUUUGUUAUUGGUUCAGUUAAAAUGCCGUCACAGUCCCGAGUUCUGGGCAUCGACGUAACGUUUACUAUUAAUUCCUGAUCUGAUCAGGCGAAUAAAGACUUUUAAUCUUGCCUUUUCA